UCUCCCCUCCCUCUCCUUCCUGCUUCAUCUCUUCAAGAAAGUGAACAUAAAGUAAAAACACAGAGAGAGGCAGAGAGAGAAAAAGCUCCCUGAAGAGGGAAGCCCCAGCAGCCAGUAGCUGUUUGGAUUUGCCUGGCACUGCCUUUCUUGCUUUGCUCCCAAGGAAUACCUUUAAUGGGAUCAAUUGCUUCAGUUCCCUUAUAACCAAGUCCACCGGAAAGGCAGACUCAACAUAUUAUGGGCAACUGUGUGAAGUCUCCACUGAGAAACCUCUCUAAAAAGGACAGAGAACUGCGUCCGGAAGAAAUUGAAGAAUUAAGAGAAGCCUUUAAGGAGUUUGAUAAAGACAAAGAUGGGUUUAUUAACUGCAGGGACCUGGGGAACUGCAUGCGGACCAUGGGCUACAUGCCUACCGAGAUGGAGCUAAUAGAGCUCUCCCAGCAGAUCAACAUGAACUUGGGUGGCCGUGUGGAUUUUGAAGAUUUUGUUGAGCUGAUGGGACCAAAGCUGCUAGCAGAAACUGCAGACAUGAUUGGUGUAAAAGAGCUCCGUGAUGCCUUCAGAGAGUUUGACACCAAUGGUGACGGGGAGAUCAGCACCAGUGAGCUGCGAGAAGCCAUGAAGAAGCUUCUAGGGCAGCAGGUGGGCCAUCGGGAUAUUGAAGAGAUCAUCCGGGAUGUGGACCUGAAUGGAGAUGGGCGUGUUGAUUUUGAAGAGUUUGUUCGCAUGAUGUCCCGUUGAAGAUUAUUCUCAGCUAAAGAAGAAUCAGCACCUUAGAGAGGGCAGAAGAGGACCUAGAUGGAGCAUCUAGCCCCGAUGUUCCCACAUGAAGGUUUAUCGGCUGGCUGCAAUUGGGACAUUGCAAGAUGACCUGCUGCUCCUCCCUCAUGGUGGUCCCCAUGCCCCUCCACCCUUUCACACUGUGAAAGACUUGCAACUUCCUACAACUGGAACCAUUCCUUGGAGAUGAUUGCAGGAAACUGCAGAGCCAGGACUUGCCAUGAUGCUUUCAUGGGAUAUUUGCAACUUUAGACUCCUCCUCCCCAGCUUUGUUCUCCCACCAGCUGCUGCAAAGCAAGAGCAGGAGAAAUCCUCUUGGCUUGGUGGAUGAGAGCAAAGCCAUUGGGACUGGUGGCAGCCUCAGGGCGUGCUCUGCACUUCUUGGUUUCCCUUGGUGAACCGUGUCUGUGUUUGCUGUCUAUGUGUGUGUGUCUAUCUGUGUGGAGUUAUUUAUGCUUCCCCGGCACAUAUUUCGCAUCUCCUGUGGUUAUGUUUACCAAGAGUACAUUCAAAUACAUGUCUUG